GCAGAACAUUGCCUCAAUUUAUGGAUCAGACACAUAUAGACAGUACGGUACAAGUUAAUCUUGGUUUUAUCUGUAAAAAAAAAAAUAUUUUUCAAGUAAUUAGAUAGGAUGUUUUCUUGUAGUCUAAUUUGGCCUUUCUGUUUUUGAGUAUCAACAGAGUUUUGUACCUUGAGUUAAAUCCUCUAUAUUCACGUUCAUGAAGGUGUUUCUUGAUUGUACACUUUGACAUGCCUGCCUUCUCAAAAAUGGUCCGGAAUUGGCUAGAUUUUGUAAAGCAAUUAGUUAAGUUAUCGUCUGUGGUUUCUCAGGCCUUUUGGAGUUGUUGUACUUAGAAAAUGCAUCUUUAUUGUCCUUAAUUUAUCAUGAAAUACCAAAGGCAAUGUUAUCAAACUGCUUAUCAGUCACGUCCAUUUACUUAGAGCCUGUAAAAAUGAGGAUUUAGAGAGAAAUGGCUGAAAUUCAUAAACAAUUAAUUUAACCUCUUUAAUUAAAAAGGAAAUAAUAUAAUCCAUUCAAAUUUAUCGUGAUGUACAGACACAAAAACAUCUUCCAAACAUCUUCCAGCCACUAUGUUGACUGAAAAUGACAGGAAUAUAUUACUCAUCAUAUUAUAUAUUAGAUUUGUGGUUAUGUGUGAAUCAUUUAACCCUUAAGAGAAAAUCACAUCCGUUGUUAUGUGUUUAAAGUCAUAUUACUUUACUUGUGUGCUGGAAAUCAUCUAUCCAUUCUUCCAUCCAUUUUCAGUAAAGCACUUUAUCCUGGUCAACAUCACAUGGAUCCAGAGCCUUUCAGAGGAAGGCUGUGAACAAUGCAGGACAAUUCAUACCUAGGGGCAAUUUUGCAUAGCCAAUCAGAUUGAAACCUGAACUGAUUACCCUAAAGCUGUAUUUAUCUAUUGCAGCUUGGACAUCUGAAUCUAGGUACAAGGUUUAUUUCACAUAGACCAACCUUGAAGUUAGUAAAGAGUUUUAUAAAGACAUAGAGACACACUGAAUUCACUUUUUUUUUACAUUAGGUUUUUGUGUUCAAACACAAACUGAAAAUCCUGUGUAUUUGCAUUUGUAUGUGUAUUUUUUAGCAGUGAACUUCCUGUGAUUUAUCAGAUGUAUGAAGAGCAGCCUGUAUUUGUGAGGUUCCACAAAGACAAAGUGGAUAUCAUUGUGUUGCAUCUGUGCUGCAUCAGACAUACACUAGAUUCAAUCAGUUAAUGUCAUUUAUUAUCUAACUAAACUUUUCACUUUCUACAUGUUGGAGUUCCAACCAUGAUAACAACACAACCUUCAUCAUCAUUGUAUGACCCUAACUGUCCAGAUUUAGAUCAACCCUAACUACAUGACUGUGAUGAAUCUGGUCUCUUAUGAACAAUCAGCAUGCACACUACAAUAUGAAGUCAGAAGAGAUAGACAUAUUAAUUCAGCAUUCUGUAUUAUAUAUUUACUGCCAUUUGCAGACCUACAUAUAUACAGUAGCUACAGAUACAGAAAGUGUCAUAGUGUUACACCUUUAGUGUUCAGAGACAAACAGCAGGGAAGGUGGUGUGCAGGAAGCUCAGAUCUUUAAAAUAUGUGGAAAUAUUAAGCCAAAAGUAGCACCAGAAAACCUCUACAAUUCAGAAAAAGUCCUGAUCUCUCAAUAUGAAAAUUUUUGUUCCUUCAUUGUGAAUUCUAAUCACCAACGUCACACAGAUACAAAUAUGACUGUUUACACAUCUUCAUUACACUGACGUAAUUUACACAUAAUAUUUCACACACACUUCCUAUACAGCUCUUUCUAACACAAAUAGUAGAGGAAGUGGGAACAGCAUUAUUUCUAUUUAAGACAUAGGUGAAAACACGGCCCAUUCAGAACAGGCACAGACCAGGAGCUUUAAUAUCUUUCUAAAGUAGAGUUGGUGUGAGAGUGAACUCAGGAUGAAGAUCCUCCUCAUCUUCACCCUCUGUCUGAUCUCAGAUGGAGGAGCCUCAAGGGAAGUAACAGGAUAUUCAGGAGGAGGAAUCCUUAUCAAGUGCAAGUAUGGGAGAAAGGUCACACAAAAACCAAAAUAUUUCUGUAAGGGUUCAAUGUCAGUCUGUUCUGAACAAAUAAAGACAGGGGAAAAAAAACAGUGGGUAAAUUCAGGAAGAUUCUCACUAUUUGAUGACACCAAAUCAUUAGAGUUCAGGGUGAUGAUAAGAGAGCUCACUGUACAGGACACUGGGACAUACCACUGUGGAGUUUAUAUAACUCCAGGAAAUGAUAUUAAGACAUCGGUGCAACUGAAGGUAAAGGAAGAUCUGUCUUAUGGGGGGUCCAUCAGUAAGACUGCCCAUGCAGGAGAAGAUUUGACUGUCAGCUGUAAAUACCCACAGUCCCUCACCAGUCACCCUAAGUUUGUCUGCAGGAGGCUGCAAACUGCUGCUUGUUCUUAUAAUACAUCCGUUAAAGAAAGUACAAAAUAUGUAAAAACUGGGAAAAUAUCCCUGUAUGAUGACAGAGAAAAACAAAUCUUCGGUGUGAGUAUUAGAGAUGUAAUCGAGCAGGACUCUGGUGAGUACUGGUGUGGAGCUGAAGUACCUUGGAGAUCUGAUCAGGGAUACAAAGUUUAUUUCACACGGAUCGACCUGAUAGUCAGUGGUGAGUUUGUAGAAACAUUGAGAUACUCUAAAUUAAUGUUUUUGACAUUAAACAACUUUUUACUGCUUAACAUCCACGUGCCAAGCUUCAACUUCAAUACCUAUAUACCUUCAAUACCUCCAGCUUCUCCUCCAGCAGGAUUUCCAGCUUCCACUGUGAUCACUGUGUCUGUAAUUCUGCUGCUGCUUCUGAUUGGAAUCAUAAUCCUCAUUCUGACUCUACAAAACAGACACAAGAUGCAAGCAGCAGGAGCAGCUUCUGUUGGCAGGCAUUCUGACCAAGACUCAGGAAAUAAAAAGAGGGUUUGUCUUGCUCUGUGUGACUAUGAGGAGAUGAAAUAUGCUGAAAGUCUGAUUUACACAACAGUGAUUUUUUACAGCAAUGCCACUAGCUCUAAUGAAGCAGCUACAAUCAUUAAUGAUGAGGUGUUGUGUGACUAUACUUCAGUCACUUACACUGUUGUAUGUGGAUAGAUUAUUGGAUCAUGAUUUGUGCUUCAAGCAUGUGGCACUGGAUCUCUACAGUUUUGUUCAGAUCUUAUUUCUUCUUCUUCUUGUUCUUCCUCUUGUUCUUCUUGUUCCCCCCCCCCCCCCCCCCCAUAUCCAACAUUUGAUAUUCUUUAUUAUUUAGAAAGCUCGGGUUUUAAUUAGCAUGAUUACAUCAUUUCACUGUAUGUCAAUCCUUGAUUUUUUGUCUUAUACAUUGUGAUACAUUGUCUUACUGCAACACUGUAGAAUGAACCCCUUUAAAUCCCCAGGGAACGUUGAGUGGGAGAUAAUUUGUGUAACUUCGAGCAACCUCAAUCUAUUAAUGCGAUGCUUAAAUGUUCUGUUAUUGGAAUAAAUGUUGAUUUUUGUAAGAGAAAUGUGUUAAUGACUUGAUGAUGUAUGUGGAUAGAUUAUUGGAUCAUGAUUAGUGCUUCAAGCAUGUGGCAAGUGUGAGAAGAUGAUCUCAGCCCAUCAGAAUAGGAAAUUAUGAGGAGAUGUUUCCCCAAAGCACCACAAACUUCUACAAUUUGGUCCUACACUAUCAUUAUUACCAUUUUAUUCUUCCAUGGUGAAUUCUGAAAAAAUGAUUGUUUACAUAAGGUAAGUGACAAGAAACUAAUAUUUUGUGUGAGAAAUUUGAAAACAUCUGUAUUACGAUGAUGUAAUUCACACAUAUUUCACUCACACACACGCACUUCCUGUAGAGCUCUUUCUCACUCGGACAGAAGGGGAAGUGGCACAGCAUUAUUUUUAUUUUAGACACAGUUGAAGACAAUACAAAGCUGGACAGUAACGGUAUGUAACAGAACAGGAGCUUUAAUAUCUUUCUGAAGUUGAGUUUGUGUGCAGAUCUGUGAGAGUGCACUCAGGAUGAAGAUGCUCCUCAUCUUCACACUCUGUCUGAUCUCAGAUGGAGGAGCCUCAAAUGAAGUAACAGGAUAUUCAGGAGGAGGAAUCCUUAUCAAGUGCAAGUAUGAUGCAAAGGUCACACAAAGGCCAAAAUAUUUCUGUAAGGAUUCAAUUUCAGUCUGUUCUGACCAAAUAAAGACAGGAGAUAAAAACCAGUGGGUAAAUUCAGGAAGAUUCUCACUGUUUGAUGACACCAAUUCAUCAGAGUUCUGGGUGAUGAUCAGAGAGCUCACUGUACAGGACACUGGGAUGUACUACUGUGGAGUUGAUAUAACUUCAGGGACUGACAUAAAGGCGUUGGUGAAUCUGAAUGUAAAGGAAGAUCUGUCUUAUGGGAAGUCCAUCAGUAAGAUUGUCCAUGCAGGAGAAGAUUUGGCUGUCAGCUGUAAAUACCCAGAAUCCCUCAGGAGUCACCCUAAGUUUGUCUGCAGGAGGCUGCAAACUGCUGCUUGUUUUUAUAAUACAUCUGUUAAAGAAAGUACAAAAUAUGCAAAAACUGGGAAAAUAUUCCUGUAUGAUGACAGAGAAAAACAAAUCUUCAGUGUGAGUAUUAGAGAUGUAAAUGAGCAGGACUCUGGUGAAUACUGGUGUGGAGCUGAAGUACCUUGGAGAUCUGAUCAGGGAUACAAAGUUUAUUUCACACGGAUCGACCUGACAGUUAUUGGAUUUCCAGCUUCUACUGUGAUCACUGUGUCUGUAAUUCUGCUGCUGCUUCUGAUUGGAAUCAUAAUUCUGACUCUACAAAACAGACACAAGAUGCAAGCAGCAGGAGCAGCUUCUGUUGGCAGGCAUUCUGACCAAGACUCAGGAAAUAAAAAGAGGGUUUGUCUUGCUCUGUGUGACUAUGAGGAGAUGAAAUAUGCUGAAAGUCUGAUUUACACAACAGUGAUUUUUUACAGCAAUGCCACUAGCUCUAAUGAAGCAGCUACAAUCAUUAAUGAUGAGGUGUUGUGUGACUAUACUUCAGUCACUUACACUGUUGUAUGUGGAUAGAUUAUUGGAUCAUGAUUUGUGGUCCAAGCAUGUGGCACUGGAUCUCUACAGUUUUGUUCAGAUAUUAUUUCUUCUUCUUCUUCUUCUUCUUCUUCUUCUUCUUCUUCUUCUUCUUCUUCUUCUUCUUCUUCUUUAAAGCUCCAGGGAACGUUGAGUGGGAGAUAAUUUGUGUAGCUUCAAGCAACUUCAAUCUGUUAUUGUGAUGCUUAAAUGUUCUGUUAUUAAAAUAAAGGUUUAUUUUUGUAAGAGAAAUGUGUUAAUGACUUGACGAUGUUGUGGUUCAGUAAAAUGCAGAUCUACCAUUAACCCUUACCUUGCAGUUCUGUAGCUAUCUGUUAAAUCUGUUUGUGCUAUAAAUCUGAGGUUGACUGUUACAUGUUGUGUUAUAACUAAUAAUGACCAGUAGAGGUCAGUAGUGGUGUGUAUAUGUUGGAAGCUGCAUGAAGCUGUGCGUGUCUGUUACGUUGUUAAUAUAAAUUAAAGCUAUAAACAGAA